AUGGCCCAGUUGCUUCCCUCCUCCGCCGAGUUACGAGGUAUCAACAUGGACACCACCAAGUUUCCGCCUCCAUCGACCUUGCCUCCAAAUAUCUCUCUCUUGCAGCAUAAUGCUUUGAAGUCUUUCCCAGAAGAAAUGCGCGGUUCGUUCGACAUGGUACACAUCAGAUUGAUUGGGUCUGGAAUGCGGAAAGAAGACUGGAAGACCUUGGCUACUAACGCGUUUACACUGUUGCUCCCCGGGGGAUACAUUCACUGGGAAGAAGCAGGCGACACGUCCUGGAAAUACGUCCCACCUAGCCACGCUUUCGACGAGUGGUCUAGGAUCAGGUUGAUGUGGUCGAUCAAAGUCGGCCGUAAUCCAUUCAUGCCCGCUCAACUUCCCCUCGUGCUUCGAGAUGCUGGUUUUACUGAUGUCGAUGAGAAGGUCUGGAACACUUUCAGCGUUGAGGGUAUAAUGCGAGAGUCGAUGAGAAAGAUAGCCACCGAGGUUUCUAGGCCUGUAAUGCCAUCUAUACUUGAAUCUGGAGGCGUCGACACUCUCCAGACUACCCGAGACAUGGACAGGUUCGAGUCCGAGAUGAAGAGAGAUAUACAGGACGGGGCGUUGAUCGGAGUUUCUUUAACCUGGUUCUGGGGCAGACACCCGUGA